AUGACUGAAAUUUAUCCAGAAUCAAGAUUAACUGAUUUUGUCGAAAGACCAGACUAUGGUACUAAAGGAAGAGCAAUACAUGUCAGAACAAACUUUUUCAGAAUUACCUCUUUACCAGAAUCGAAUAUCAUUCACUACGAUGUUACAAUUUCACCAGACGUACCACCUGUGAUAAAUAGAAAAGUAUAUGAAGAAUUUGAAGCACUCCAUAGAAAUGAUGCUUUAGGUGGAAUAAAACCAGUUUUUGAUGGUCGUAAAAAUGUUUUUUCGCCAAGACCUUUAGCCUUACAUGAAGAUGCAGGAACUUUUGAUGUAACUAUUCCUGAAGAUGAUAGUAUUACAACUAGCAAACGUCCUCCUCGAAUUUUCAAAAUUAAAAUAAGGAAAGUAGGCGUCAUCAACAUGGAUGAACUCAUUCAAUAUACAGAAAGAAAAGGUCGUCUAACUCCUAGUGUUUUGACUGCAUUGAUGGCACUUGAUGUUCUUAUCAGGCAUCAACCUUCUAUGAAAUAUAUCACCGUUGGUCGAUCAUUUUUCACACCUACUGAAGCUACACCUCUUUUUGGAGGUUUGGAAGUUUGGAGAGGCUUUUAUCAAUCUGCUAAGCCUGGCCAAAAUAGAAUGUUUAUCAAUAUUGAUCUUAGUGCAACUGCUUUUUAUGAAUCAUGUCCAUUAAUUGUAAUGGUUACAAAGAUUUUGGGCCGUCGUAACCCUGAAGAUCUUAGAAGAGGAAUGAAUGAUAAAGAUCAUCAGAGACUUGAGAGAGCACUCAAAGGCUUAAAAAUACGCGUUGUUCAUCGUGGUGACACUACUGCCAAAAGAAAAUUUAAAAUCAAAGGAAUUACCCCCACUCCUGCAGACAGAACAGUCUUUAAUAGCGCCGAAGGUCAAAUGAAUGUUGCAACAUAUUUCGCCAACACAUACGGUCGUCGUCUUAAUCAACCUUUUCUUCCUUGUGUUGUUGUGAGAAACGACGUGUUCCUUCCAAUGGAAAAUCAAAGAUUUUUACGAAAAUUAAAUGACAAGCAAACUGCUGAUAUGAUUAAAUUUACCUGUUUACAACCACAUGUCCGUGCAAAUAAGAUUUUAAACGGAAUAACUUUGCUUAAUUACCGAGACAAUGAAUAUUUAAGACAAUUUGGCCUUAGAGUUAAUGGUGAAAUGGAAGUGAUUCCAGCUAGAAUUUUACCAACGCCAACCGUUCAAUAUCAUGCUUCAUCCCGAGAAUCUAAUUUCCAACCAAGAGAUGGUGUUUGGAACUUAAGAGAUAAAAAAGUUGCAACCGGUUCUACAUUGGGUUCCUGGUCUGUGGUUGUGUUUAGUUCUGAACGUGAUCUUCCACUUUUAUCCAUUAAAGCAUUUAUUAGAGAACUUGUCGUGACAUGUCAAAACACUGGAAUGAAAAUUCCAAAUGUAAAUCCUCCGGUGGUUCACGCAAAUCCUCAAGGAGACAUAGAAGGAACACUGAAACAAGCAUGGCUUCGUGCUGGUAACCAUGCUAAAGCUCAGCCGCAGCUAAUAUUAUGUGUUUUACCAAACACGGGUGUUGAUUUAUAUGCAGAAAUAAAGCGAGUAUCCGAUACAGUUAUUGGCGUUGUAACACAGUGUGUUCAAGGACGUAAUACGCUGGCACCAAAAAAACAAUACUGUGCAAAUGUUUGUCUCAAGAUGAAUGUCAAACUUGGUGGAAUGAAUUCCUUUUUAGAUCCCAAUGAAAUCCCAUUUAUUAGUGAAGUACCGACAAUUCUGAUGGGAUCGACAAAUAAACCAUCUAUUGCUGCAUUAUGUGCAUCUAUGGAUGCCAAGGCAUCAAGAUACGCUGCUUCGAUUAGAGUCCAGAGUGGCAGAACUGACAUUAUUGCUGACUUGUCAAGUAUGGUGAAAGAGUUAUUGAAAACAUUUUAUCAAACAUGUGGUAGAAAACCAGAUAGAAUAUUAUUUUAUCGAGAUGGUAUUUCUGAAAGUCAAUUUUCCAAAGUUUUGAAGGAAGAAAUAAAUUCCGUUAAAGUUGCGUGUCAAGCACUCCAAGCUGAUUAUUCGCCAAAGAUCACCUUCGUAGUUGUUCAAAAGCGUCAUCAUACUCGAUUUUUUGCAAUGGAUAAGAAAGAUGCUGAUAAUACUGGCAAUUGUUUGCCAGGAAUAGUCGUGGAGCGUGAUAUCACAAAUUUACAAAGUCAAGCAGGCUUACAAGGAACAUCUCGCCCAACUCAUUAUCGCGUGCUUUAUAAUGAAAAUAACCUUCGAGCAGACCAAAUUCAAACUUUAUCUUAUAACUUGUGCUAUUUAUACGCGAGAUGUACACGAUCCGUCUCAUUGGUUCCACCAGUAUAUUAUGCCCAUUUAGUAUGUAAUCGAGCACGUUUCCAUUCUCGUGCACAAUGGAGUGACACUGAAUCAUCUGAAAGUGGAGGUAUCGCUUCAACGUUUAGUGUUGUCAAACCCGAAUUACAAAAGGUCAUGUAUUUUAUGUAA